UGUGACGUCAGACAGUAUUUAGAUAAAUUUGUUUCAUUGGCUUUUCUUUUUAAUGCACUUGAUUCAGUCGAGUUCAUUCAUUGGACGCGAUGCACUUUGUAAAUUCUGUUACUUCCACGUUUGAAAGAGUUGUUGUCAUUUCUCUUUGAUUCUAUGGUUCAUGAGAAAUAGCUGAACAUUUGGCAAAAUGUAUUAGAAGAGGAUUGGCGAACUUCUAAUUGUUAUCGCAUUAGACUAACAGCUGGGAGAUAGUAACGUGGUGAAUUUAUUACAACCUUAACAGAAAACAAUGCUCUUACGUGCGUGGUGUGAUAAGUUUGUUUAGAGAAAAAAAAUUUCUGAUAAGCGGAAGAGAAUAAAUUGUGAUAUCAAAGUUAUCGCCAACAAAAGAAUUUUUAUUGUAAAAUAUAAAUGACAUGAGAUUUGCGAGAGAGUUUUAUAAUCAUGGAAAACAUCGUGGAAUAAUUGUUCCUUAAACGAAGUAGUGCCAUUCUUUGUCCAUUAUCAAGUAUUUUAAAAACAAUAUUAGCACUAUGAAUUCUGUAAUUAAAUUUAUUUCAAUAUUUAUUAUUUUACUUAAUGCAAAAAAUGGAUUGUUGAUAUCACAACAUCCAAAGUUGCUGGUAGUGUCAUACGAUGCUUUCAGAUAUGACUACUUUAAUAGAAAUCUGACACCAUUUAUGAAUAAAUUAAAACACGAAAGCACCCAUGCAGAUUAUAUAAUGAACAUUUUUGUUACAAAAACAUUUCCUAAUCAUCAUACAAUGGCCACAGGAUUAUAUGCAGAAACACAUGGUGUAGUGGACAAUGAAUUUUAUGAUCCAAUUUCAGGGAAUACGACUAAAUACUCUUCUAAACUAUAUCAUUAUGACAAUAGAAUUCUUCCUAUUUGGACUGUUAAUGAAAAGGGAGGAGCCCAAAGACGAAGUGGCACAAUGAUGUGGCCAGGUGGGAUUUAUGAAUAUCAAGGAACUUCACCUACAUUUGCACAGAAUUUUAAUGACACUAUACCUUGGGAGGAAAGAAUAGACACUUUAAUAUCAUGGUUUGAUCAUCCCAUACGCCCAAUAAACUUUGGUAUAUUAUACAUUGAAGAACCAGACUAUCAUGGUCAUGCAUUUGGAAUAAGUGGUCUUGAGUUCAAUAAUAUUCUGAGGAAAUUAGACAAUAUAACUAAAUAUUUGCACUAUAAAAUAGGACAGCAUAAUUUGCACGAUCUCAAUGUUGUGCAUUUGAGCGAUCAUGGAAUGGCAUCUGUUAAACUGAAUAGAAUUAUAGAUUUGACAAAGUAUAUUAAUAGUUCUGACUAUAAAUUUGUGGGUACUUCACCAGGCUUACACAUCUUUCCUAAUCCUGGCAAAGAAGAUCUCAUUUACCAAUUAUUGAAACAAGCAUCUGAGAAAACAAAGACAUUUACAGUUUAUAAAAGAGAGGAGAUUCCUCAAAAGUAUCAUUAUGGAAAUAAUACACGAGUUGGUCCAAUUUUUGUUAUUGCUGAAGUGGGAUAUGCAUUUCAACAUCUUCUUGAUACCAUAGAAUUCUAUAAAAAGAAAUUUAAUAUUACAGUAAACAGUGAUUCAGAAUUUGGCUUGCAUGGUUAUGAUAAUGAAAUCACAGAAAUGCAUCCGUUUUUCUUCGCAAAAGGUCCAGCCUUUAUACCCAAGUGCAAAUUGGAGCCUUUUCAUAAUACAGAUUUAUUCCCCCUAUUUUGUAAGAUACUUGAUUUAGAGUGUCCUGUAGUAAAUGGCACUUUAUCACAUUUAACUAAGUGCCUUAAAAAACAUCAAGAGGAUAUAACAGUAAUUGCUUAUAGAAUGAUAACCAUAGCUACCACCAUCUCAAUGACUCUAGUCGUGAUUAUUGGAGCGAUAGUACGGUUUUAUAUGAGAGAACGACGAUUGGGAGCAAGAAGUUACAAGACAUAUUAUCCAGUGGAUGGAUAAUAUGUACAAAAAAUAACAAGCAAUAGAUGAAACAUACAUUUUCAUAUUACAUGUAGUUACAACCAAAUGGGUUAAAAAGUGACUUUAAAUGACAGAUGAGAUAAUAUGAAACAGCAUCGCUGCACAGAAUAAAUAAAGAUAUUUUUGAUUUCAUUUCCAACAAAUACAGUUUCUUUCUUUUUAAAUAUUAAAUAAUAGCGAUAUAUUUAGUAGCAGAGUAUCGAUUUUUCUUGUUAAUAACUAACAAUCUUUUGUGCUAAUCCACUAAUUUCAUAAGUAAUAGUAAAUUUUUAGAAUUCUUGCAGAGAAAUGUGCAAUUUCAUAGUAGCCUUUAUUAGAAAGUUAUUAUUAAAUAGUUUAAUAAAAUAUUCGCAAAGAUUUUAAAUCUUUCAAUUAUACAUUGAAUUAUAAGAUGAAAAAGUAAUAUCUUGAACUAGGAAAAAACAUCACUUUCUCAUUUAUAUGGUUACAAAUAUUUACAGAAAGGACUCUUUGUGAUUAAUACUUUCCUGUGGCAUUUUUGAAAAACAUCUCCUCUUCUUCAUAUCAUAGCUAAAAAAAAAAUAUAACAAAACCUUUUGUUUUUAGAAGAAUACUGGAUGAUUUGGAAGCACAAUACCAUUGGGAUGAAAGUCACGAUAUUCAAAAUCCUAUGUGCAAGUAAAUUUACAAAAAUUUGUUCUCAAACUUUUUCUUUUCCGCUUCAUACCUCUAAACAGGGCUCACUUUCUUUACAUGCAGAAAAUGAAAUAAGAUUUAAAUUCCGAAUAUUAAUUUCUUUGUUUUUCUUUCCAGAUUAAAUCAUUUCCCAGAUUUGUUCGUUACUUUAUGCCACACGAAUAGUAGAAGAAACAUUAAGCCUAGGAAAUCCCUUUUUCAUUGUAGGUGACAUAUGUCUAGCGCCAAACGUGAUAUCUUUGAACACAUAUAAAUGAGAAAAAUAAUAACUUCUGUGAUAAUGAAAGUAGAUAAAUUCAGACGAAUUUCUGAAUCGUAUACUUAAACAUACAAACGAUUAUCAUAUUAGUUUGUAUACCGAAGUAUACGGAUUUCUAUGAGCCUCCAGAAUAUACUUCCCACGAACUUUGAAUUCUUUUAGCUAUUAUAGUAUGAUAUUCGUAACAUUGACGAUAGUUGAAGAUUAGAAUUACCAAACUGAGAAUUGACUAAGUGAAUGCUCCACUUUACGAUUGUUCAGCUGUUGAUAUCAUGUAAAAUCUGUAAGAUGCUAUGCACGAAUAAUACUCAUUUCAACUCUACAUAAACGGGCAAAUAACAGAUGAAUAUGCACAGUAUUAUUUUAGAAUAUAAAAUGUAAAAUAAUUCAGUAUGUACAUUGCCAACGGAAUGUCUUAUCAAAUUAUAGACCAAUUGAAUUUAUCAUAAUUCUACACCAACUGUAUAAUAAUCGCAUGUAUAUACAUGAAU